UCGUCAACUAAUAACUAGUGAAAUGAGAAAUUUAUUAAGCUUUUUAUUGCUCACCUUGCUCGGUGGUAGAGCUUCUGCUGGACUACUGAACAUAUUCACUGCCGAAACAGAUUACGAUGCCGCUGAACUAAUGGAUCUUUUAUUCGGCUCUUUGGCUAAUGGAACUAAGUUAAUAAUAGAAGGAAAUUCUACCGGUAACCCACUAUCCGUGGAUAUAAAAUUUUUGUGCGGAAAUCGGAACAAUCCAAACCUGGUGCAGACUAUGCUGGACGACAGUAACUUAGCUUCGAAAAUAUCUAAUUCUAAGCCGCUAGUGUUCAUCAUACAUGGCUGGAUGGACAAUGGCAACCGCAACUGGAUUAAAAGUCUGACCGCGGAUUACCUCACAUACUUCGACACAAACGUUUGCGUGGUGGACUGGGGCAAUCUAUCUAUUUUCGGUUAUUAUUUCGCCUUCCAGCACACCUUCUCAGUGUCAAGCUAUCUCACCCAGUUCAUCACAUUUGUAACUGCGAAUGGCUUUUCCUUGAACGGCAUCACUAUAGUUGGCCACAGUAUGGGGGCACAGAUUGCAGGACAAACUGGUUAUGCCCUGGGCGGGCAGCUCAGCGCGAUUUACGGACUCGAUCCCGCUAGUCCAAUGUUCAAAAUGCCAACUGACAUUGGAACUGCCAAACGGUUAGACAGAACGGAUGCCAAGUACGUGCAGAUGAUUGUCACUUCGCGGUGCUUUUGGGGCGUUUGUGUGGCAGAUGGUCACGAGAAUUUCUACCCGAAUGAUGGAAUGGUGCCACAGCCGAACUGCGUGCUGCCACUGUUUUCGAAUGCGGAAUUUGCUGAGCCGAUACUUUGCAGCCAUAUCCACGCGCAUUCUUUGUUCCGAUACGCGCUGAAUCCAAGCAAUGUUUUCAUGGGAAGAACAUGCUCGACUUGCCUUCUAGGGUUGUUUGGUAAGCAAUCGAAAAUGGGUGUGUACAGUAGCCGUGUCGAUGGAGACUAUUACUUGCAGACUGGUGUGCUGCCUCCGUAUACUAUCUAGUUCAAUUAGUUUAUUUAGAUAAGAACAACGCACCUGUUUGGACUUUUAGUUUUUAUUUUUGAUGCUAACAGAAAGAGAAUUUUAAGAUAUCGAGAUAAUCUAUUUUCAAGAUUUUAUUUAAAUCAAAGUAAAGAUUUUUUUUAUAAAACAAAACAAAGAGGGGAACCUUUUGCUUUAUUUUGGCACUUAUUUUUCGAAAUGGUCUUUUGCAACCAUUGCA